CUUCAUGGUUCCGGUUUGCAAACAAACAUGGCGGCAUUUUCAGAUUUUUGCCUCCCUGCAGAAGAUGAAACCACCGAGGAUGCCCUGACACUGGCAAUAAAACUUGGAUAUGAGUGUGUUGGACUGAACGUCCUGUUAAAGGAUCUGAAAGGAAAAGGUGCAUCACAGACCACAAUACCAACACCAAAGAAGUAUGAGCUGAGGAAAUCAGAUAUCCAGUUCUUGAAGAAAAAACGUCGUUCACUGACACAAUUUAGUCGACUGACUGCUACUAUAGAAGAUCCAUCUCAGACUCACAAGCUGGGGUCCCCUGAGGUACAGGCCUAUGAUCUGGUAGCUGUUGAACCCACAUCAGAGAAAACAUUUCACAUGGCUUGUGCUGUACUUAAUGUGGACAUCAUUUCUGUAGACAUGACAGAGAAAAUGCCUUACUAUUUCAAGAAACCCUCAAUAAAUAUGGCUGUUGAAAGAGGCAUCCAUUUUGAAAUCAAAUACAGUCCUACUGUACGUGAUUCAACACUGCGAAGAAAUGUCAUAGCAUCAGCGAUAUCCCUUGCAGAGGUCACAAAAGGAAAGAACAUAAUUCUCAGCAGUGGUUGUGAAAUGGCAAUGGAGCUUAGAGGUCCAUAUGAUGUUAUCAACCUGGGUCUUAUGUUUGGUUUGAAUCAUGAAAAUGCCAAGAAUGCUGUUGCCAAGAAUUGUAGAGCUGUAUUAAAACAUGCGGAUUCAAGGAAAAUCUCGAAAUCUGUUAUAUCUGUGAGCAAGUUACCUGCGUCUGGUAACACAUGGACCAUGGACAAGUAUGGCAGUAGUGUGCUGGCGGAAGAUGAUAGUACAGAAGAUGAGCCCAAGAAGAAAAGAAAGAAGAAAAAGGGCAAGAAUAAAUAGAUAAAUAAAUUGCAUUUCAAGUAA